UUUCUUUCACAAAUUCACAGGCUUCGGUCUGAUUGUAAGGGGAGCCGUCCCAUUUGUGAAGCAUCUUCUGCUCACUCUUUAGACUGGACCAGGCUGGGGGAGGUCCAGGAAACAGAGAAUCUGGUGUUUCCAAAACAUGCCCCACCGUAAGAGUGACCUGCUGAGAGAGAAUGUUCCAGGGAGCGGCCUGUACUUAAUAAGCAAUGUGGCAAGUGCGGGAAAUGCAGAAGCUGUCCAACACGACCAUCUGGCAAAUGGAGAAACUGAGGCCAGAGAGGCGCCCAGGAACAAAAAUAGGCCAGUCCAAAAUCUGAAAACUGACCAUGAAGCUCCGGGAAGAGGACCCAGCAGAUAACAAAGAAAGCGAUUUGGCAAAAAAGAAAUUGGAUUGGUCCUGCUCGCUCAUCGUGGCCUCUCUCGUGGGCGCCUUCGGCUCCUCCUUCCUCUGUGAGUACAACCUCUCCGUGGUCAACGCCCCAACUCCGUACAUCAAGGCCUUUUACAGUGAGUCGUGGGAAAGAAGGCACGGACAUCCGAUAGACCAGGACAGUCUGACUCUGCUCUGGUCUGUGACUGUGUCCAUAUUCGCCAUCAGUGGACUCAUGGGGACGCUAAUGGUGAAGUUGAUUGGAAGAGUUCUUGGGAGGUCAGUGGGGGCCGUCUGUUUGGCGAUCCCCUCUGUCAUGUUCAUGAUAUGUCUGUGCAUCGCCCUCAGUGCGCUCCCCACGCACCUGAGCGAGAUCUCGCCCAGGGAGAUCCGUGGCUCUCUGGGGCAGGCGACUGCCACCUUCAUCUGCAUUGGCGUGUUCCCUGGGCAGCUGCCGGGCCUCCCUGAGCUGCUGGGAAAGGAGAGCACCUGGCCAUACCUGUUUGGAGUGAUUGCCAUCCCUGCCUUGGUCCAGCUGGUGAGCCUGCCCUUUCUCCCCAAGAGCCCACACUACCUGCUCUUUGAGAAGCAUGACUGGGUGGGAGCUGAGAAAGCCUUCCAGACAGUCCUGGGCCAAAAGGACACCUCCCGCGGGGCGGAGGAGGUCCUGGCGGAGAGCCACAUGCAGAGGAGCAUCCGCCUGGCCGCGCUGGAGCUGCUCAGGAGUCCCUUCGUCCGCUGGCAGGUCAUCACCGUGGUCACCACCAUGGCCUGCUACCAGCUCUGCGGCCUCAAUGCGGUGAAUUGGUUCUACACCAACAGUAUCUUUGGAAAUGCUGGAAUCCCUCCAGAAAAGAUCCCCUACAUCACCUUGAGCACAGGUGGCAUCGAGAUUUUGGCUUCCAUCUUCUCUGGCUUGGCCAUCGAGCACGUGGGACGGAGACCCCUCCUCAUUGGUGGCUUUGGGCUGAUGACGCUCUUUGGGAUCCUCACCAUCACACUGACGCUGCAGGACCAAGCUCCCUAGAUCCCCUACCUGAGUAUCAUGUGCAUUCUGGCCAUCAUCGCCUCCUUCUGCAGCAGGCCAGGUGGCAUCCCCUUCAUCCUGACCGGUGAGCUCUUCCAGCGAUCACAGCGGCCGGCUGCCUUCACCGCGGCAGGAACCACCAGCUGGCUCUCCAGCUUCGCUCUGGGGCUCCUCUUCCCGUUCGUUCAGAAGAGUCUGCACACCUACUGUUUCGUGGUCUUUGCUGCAAUCUGCUUCAUAGGUGCUGUUUGUUUAUAUUUUGUCCUGCCUGAGACCAAAAACAGAACCCAUGCAGAAAUCAGCCAGGCAUUUGCCAAAAGGAACAAGACGUGCCAACCAGAGGAGAAAACGGAUUCAGCUAUAACUGAUGAUAAAAUGAACAGAAAGCCCGAACCAGACUCCUCCUCCACGCUGGAGAAUUGUGUCCAAAGCAGGCCUGUCUGA